GGCUAAUCGAAAUCUUGUAUGUACGGAUGCCGCAGGGAUCGGUAAUAGUAGGGGAAACCAAGCCGGCGGCGCCAAGGAAGUGGGAAAAGCCGGACGCGGCCGGCGGGUUGACUUGAUUUGUUAGAAAUGAUCGGUUUUAUUGCAAGGCUUCCUCGAACUGCCGUGAGUGUCUAAAGUACUACUUGGACUUGUGUGUGUGUGCCAUUCCACGGGUUUACUUACAACUCUCUCUUUCUCACUAACCCAUUAUCUACUAAAGGUUUAACCCUUAAGUUCAAGUCAGUUUACUCCUCGCGUCUUUCCCCUUAGACGCCUACUCCUUCCUUCGUUCCAAACAAACCAGGUCUCGUCCUUGGGAGUUCUUCUACCAGUCCUCGUAUAUGCUCCUUCGUCGCCUGGCUUAAUCAGUCCCAUAUUAUUCGCCUUUUAAUGGAUCACUUCGCUCGCUCUCGAGACCCUCUUCAGCAACCACAGAUGCAGGCAAUCACUUUCGCUCCCCCAAACCAACCCCCUCCAGAUGGUUCCCGCUUCCUCAUAGACCCUUCCCAGGAUUCAGAUAGGUCAGACACUAAUAUCGCGUUCAUGAAGGGUCCAAAGCGUAAACGACUAGCAAAGGCGUGCGAUGCCUGCCACAAAAGCAAAAGGCGAUGUGACGGAACAGCUCCUUGCAGUAACUGUUACUUCGCCUCAAAGAAAUGCACGUACACAGAUGCUUCGGGUAGACCUGUGCCGGCACCUAGGCCGCGCAAAGGAGAUAACCCUGACCCACCAGCCGACGCUCGUCAGGGUUCCUUCGCAACAUUCCCGGACAGCGCUCAGGGUAGUCAACCAUCCUUCAUUGUCCCAGGACUACAGCAAGAGGAGGCACUUGCGUCCCAAGUCGAUCCUGAUGAAGAUAUUUCGCGCAAGCGGUUCAGACCAGACUCUGGCCAGACGGCGUCUCCCAUUGAGACGCCUUUGAGAGGCUUGGUUCCAGCAUCCUUACCAACCUCUGAGCGCUCUUUGGAGCGAGACCCGUCACUCACAAGAGAGCUUGUGCACCUGUUCUUCGCACACCGGCAACCGCAGCGUAUGAUUAUCCAUGAGCCUUCAUUCCAUCAUGCUCUUUCUCAUAGACUCGUCCCCCCUCAUCUUCUUCUUUCAAUUUGUGCUGUCGCGGCACCGCUCUCGCAGCGUUCUUGUUUUAAGGAGGGGGGUUCAAGAUUUGCUGGAAAGGAGUUCUUCCAGGGCGCAAUGGCGCUUAUGUUUGAUAAAGACCAAAACUUGAUUUGUGAGAAGAAUCUUGCAACCGCGCAGGCUUUAUGUCUCUUGCAGUUGCAUGAUCGGAUGGCUAAUUCAUCCUGGAGAGGACGAUAUCAUGUGUACGCACUCGAGGUUAUCGAGCAGCUGGGCGUUUAUCAGGCUGAUAACCCCAUCUUGACACCUGCUCCCUCGCUGGAGUUUAUUGAUGCGUCCAUCGAGCGAGAAUGCGCUCGUCGUGUUUUCUGGCUUAUAUAUAUAUCUGAUGCUCAAGGGUCUGUUUUAUACCGACGUCCUAUCUUAGCACAGGAAUCGCAAUUGAAAUUGCGUCUCCCUGUGGAUGAGACGACUUUCCUGUUUACUGUACAUGACGCUGUCCCAGAAUUUCUGGAUAAACCCAGUCUUUCGUCAAGGUCCGAGACCGGGCAGCUAAUUCGCGUCCUCUCUAUACACGAGAAGAUAGAGAAGACCAUGGAUGACUUCAACAACCGCGAGUCGGGCAUACAUCCUGUCAACACUCUUUUGGAUCUCGAGGCCAAACUCAACGCGUGGGACGAAUCGCUUCCUGACUCACUCCGUUUCACCGACGAGAAUCUUGCCAUUCAAAUGACGUUGUUUGCCACGAAUUCCAACAUGGGAGCAUGGAGCUUCUGUUGUUUGCACAUCGUCCAAUGCUCGUGUGUUUUCGGACUGAACCAGGCCAGGCAACGUUGUCGUACGGCCAUGCCCGGAGGUCCACUGUGGGCGCGCGAGCGGCUGAACAAGAUUCUAGUUGCUUUAGGUGACAGAGCGGGAAAAAGUAUUCUCCUGGGAAUGGCACUCUGGCCUUUGUUCAAAUAUUGUACUGGGGAUGACCCUAGACUUUUGGAAUUGUCGAGUCAGUUUGAAGAGGUUUACGGCGUUCGUAUCCAAGACCUAGCUCCACCGGCACCUGACUACACCAAGGAACUGCAACCUCCGCCGCCUGCGCAAGGUCGCAUACAUCCAGCAGCUUCGAGCUCCGGAGAAUCUCGUUGCUCUACACCAGUCCUUCGAAACUCACUCGAGGCAACAGCACCCCAGAUAGUCCCACCUCCGGUAUAUGCACCGCCGGGGCGCACAUCCGUUGAUGCCCGGUUUUUCGGUCAGCCUUCUUUUGCUGACGUUCGAGCGCAUGGACAUCCGCCUCUUCCACUACAACCUGAUGCUAGAGAGAAGAGAAGCGUUGCACAUGAUGUCAAUAUCGAUCCUGCCUUGCAGAUGCCAUCAAAUCCCAGGGUUCAUAUGAAUACGGAGCCAGUUCCUGUCGUACCCCCAGCACUAUCAUUACCCUCACUGAAGUCGAGCGGUCUUUUGGAUUGGCAACGAGCCAAUGAAGGCCAUCCAUCACCUGCGUCAGCUAGCUGGCAGGCACCGGGACAGCAUUUUAUAGCCCCUAGCCAGGGCCCACGAGACGCAACUCGAUCACCAUUUCUUUCAGCCUCACAUAUAGAUUACUCUACCUCGACUCGUCCCGCAGUUGCCACGUCUUCAACUAGUAUGCCUGUCGGCUUACCGUGGCUAGCCAGCGAGUCGACAGUUUCUAGGACAAGCUAGCAUCACUUUGUUGCCUAGGUUCAAGAGUGUUUGUUUCCAUUCAUUAUCAUCGCCUGCUUUGUAUUUGUUCCGCAACCGCACACUUGUCGUUCCUUGAUAUUUAUUCGGUAAUUCGUACGAACCUUUA